GUCGCGUGUCAAACGAUCGCUGAACUUUAAGCCGGAAAGACGUCGCCGUGGAAUCGUCUGCGUUUUGCUUUUAGUUUUACACCGCUUACGUCUGCCGGUUGCGUCGCUUGGGCUAAAAAUUUAACCAGUUUCGAUUCGAAAUUCGCUUUCAGUUUCGUUUGGGAUACGCGAAGAAACAGCAGCAACGGCGGCCACACAAAGUUGCAGCGACGUGCGAAGACAGUUUGGCUUGAGCUUAUGAAUCGCUGACGUGAGCAGCGGGAUUUUCCACAUUUUCCCUCCAACUUCAGCACCACCAAAAUGCAAUUGCUAUGGGAGCCGCGAAGUGUGCAAUGGAAAAUUGCAAUUCUAAUUAUCGCAUUAGUCUUCGACGUGUCGUGCAUAAGAAAUGGCCACGGUGAUGAAAAUCAGAUAUCCGUGAAGCUGAAAAACUUCUUUCCCUCAGAGCAGUUUUCAGAGGGUCAGAGUCCCACAGAAACCUCAGCCCGAGUGACUUCGGGCGGAGGAUUUAGACCCUCACAAAUGCUGGAAUUCACGCCCUCAGAUGUUAUGCCCCAGGCUGGUUUCAAUCGCUAUCCCCCGAGCUAUUUGGAACCGAACUAUAAGCAUGAAGUGCCCAACUCACUGGGUCAGCAGCAGACGGCAUUGGACAAACAGUUCUCCUUUCCCGCGGAAACGCACUCGGUGUUCCAGAGCACACCGCUGCCCACGACACCGGUGGUUAGCUAUCUGGAUCCGUAUACGCAGCAGAACUAUCGCUAUACCCCCACCCCGCCUUCGAUAAUUCAAUAUCAACGGGAGCAGCCAGCCCAAGAUGAUCAGGUCUAUACCGUGCAGUCAUCCUUGCUGGUGGGAAGUCAUCAGCAGAAUCACCAGCGUCCUGGUCACGUGGACGACGUGUAUCUGAAGCGUCCCGGCUACGUCUUCGAUGAAAGCCCCAACCCAUCGUAUCGUCGACCCACAAGGCCGCCGCCUUCACUGCCAGCCCCGCCCACCACCGCCUCGAACAAAAUCUCCUACGAUAGCCAUGAUUACCCACCGCCCAGCUAUGCGGCCGAGCAGACAUCCAAUUUUGUGCCCCAGCAGCCAAAGCAGCGACCACUGUACCAGCGCCAAGACAUCAAUGCGAAUCGAGGGGGAGCCGGAGGAGCGGGUGGAGCAGCUGGACCACCACCUCCUGGCCCGUCUAAUUAUGCAAACAACUUUGAUAAUUAUUCGCAGCGGCCGAACCCACAGCAAACUCAGAUACAGAACCCCAACCAGGUACAGCCGCAGUUUGGAAACUAUCAGUAUCAAUACAACCCCCAGAACGGAGGAGCAGGUGGUCCGGCAGGAGGAGGAGGAGGAGGACCAGGAUCUGGACUACCCCAGCGGCCCAGACCGGGACACAAUUACUACGAGUAUCAGAUUGGCGAGAUACCGCCACCGCCACCGCAGUCCCAGCACUUCCAGCAGCCGCAGCAGCAGCAGUUCAACUAUCGUCCUGCCACUCAGUCAUCGGGUGGUGGCUCAGGGGGCUCUGGAGGAUUAGGAGGCGGAGUGGGCGGUGGUUUGGCCACCCUGGCCUCGCUGUAUGCACCGCAAUUUACGAAUCUCCUCCUGGGGGGCGUUGGCUCCCCCUCCUCGUCCUCCCAAUCGGCCAGCCCAUUAGGCAGUCUCCUCGGCGCUUUCGCCGGUGCACAAGGAGCAGGACACCAAAGUGGGGGUCAGGGAGGAGGACUGGCAGGACGACCGCCCAACACACAACUCAUUAGGGCACUGGAGAACAUCGCUCGCAACGACGAUUUGCAGUGCGUGCCCAAGGUGCUCUGCCAGAUGAUUGCCGGUCAAACGUUACGUGGCCAAUUGCCCGGAUUCGUUACCUCCCCGGCCAUAACCAAUUUCCUUGCUGGAUUCCCUGUGGCCUCACCUGCCCUAAUUUACGGAAGAGCUGCCCUUCUUGGUUUGAGUGGUGGAGAGCGGAGCUGUAUCCAAACUUAUGAGAAGUGUCCUAAGAACGAUAUGGAAAUUAUUCACUAUUUGAACAAUCACCGCGGCGGAUUCUUCAAGUUCUUCAGUGAGCCAGAGGAGACACCAGUGGCCUCGCAGCAAGGAGAUAGCGGCACAGGAUCCCUGUUCAGCAUCCUUUCCGCUUUGACAGGCGGUGGAGGAGGCCAAAGUUACACCACUCCGCGACCUGUACCCCGACCCACUCAACGACCCUCAACUGAUAUAGCCAGCGGAAUCGGUAGCUUCUUCAGCCAAGUGCUAUCCGAAUAUCUAAAUGGAGUGGAGUACCAAAGAAGGAGGAGGCGGAGGAGUCUCAACAUGGAUGAUGACUUCCAUGACGAGGAGGACAACCUGGACACCCAAUCCAGUCAGCUGGUGAAGUUUCAGGACGAUGAGGAGGAGGAGGCGGCCAAGGCUCACACUGAACUAAUAGGUGUGCUGCAGUUUCCCGAUGACGAGGGUGAAGGUCGGGUGAUUAACUUCAAGGACAUUCAAAGCGAGGAGCAACACGAGGAGGGAGCUGUCCGUUUCCCAGAUGCCACACCAGCGGAAGUUAUCCGGGAAUUCAAUCGCCAUGCUGCCCAAAGAAAGCUAAGGUUUCCUCAGGACCAAGACGAACCAUCUGAAAAUUUGAGGAAAGCCAAGGAUUUAUCGUUCAUGGAGGGAUGGAAGGUUGUGCUGCCAAAUGGACUUUCCCACUCUGACCUGGGCGUGGAUAAGCGGAGGGGAAAACGCAUUGUGUUUAGGGAUACCAACGAGCAUCUGGAUGAGCAGACGUUGCAAGAGGAAAGGAUCAGGGAGGAGGAGCUAUUCCGAGAAGCCGAGUUGAGAGAAGAAAGAAUGUUGGAGGAACAAGUCAGGGAACAACAAGCUAGAGAAGAACUAAUCCGAGAAGAGCAACAGCUCCGUGAAGAAGAACUCAGAGAAGAUCAAUAUCGGGAGGAUCAAAUCCGGGAAGAGCAACUCCGAGAGGACAGAGUCCGAGUGGAACAGCUGCAGAUCCUGCGCAUUCGCGAGGCUCAAAAUAACCAGCAGUCCUUCAAGGGUGACAGUCCUCAUUCUCCUCCAAAUGCCGUUUAUGAAGAUGCAGCUCCUCCGCAACGUGGAGCCCGCGUUAUUUUCCCCGACCACUAUGAACAGCACAUUCGGAAGGGCAAAAUCCUCAAUAGACCCACCUAUGCACCCACCUACGAAUACAACGAGGUGGACAAGGAGGCCAAGGAGGAUCGCCUGGUGGUGAGCGAUGAGCACAGACCCCAUAAUCACUACCGAUUGGAGGGCGGUUUCAAUUCCCUGAAUCGUGGCGAAUACAUGCCAGGUAAUAAUGUUCGAUUUGUAGAGCCCACAAGUGAAAGACCACACUACAACUACCCAAAUGCAAACUACAUAAGCGACAAUCGCUAUGGCAGCAGUCAGAAUCAAAAGCCCCAUUACGAAGACGACAAAAAUAUAUAUGUGACCAACUCACAUGGAGUCAACGAGUACUAUAUUCGUCCUGACGGGAGUAAGGUCUAUCUAAAAACAGGUUAGAUUUAAGAACACUAAAUUAGGUCAAUUACUUCAGAAGUUAACAUUUUUCUUUGCCUUCUAUACCACACGAUUUGUUUGAGAUUCUUUACUUUUCUUUUGAGAUUGUAAAUAAUUAAAAAAAUCUUAUCGAAAUCCGCGUUUAGAAAUCCUAGUUAUUUUAGUGUAAUAGAAUAAGUUGUUUUGAAUUCUUAUAUUUUAGUUUGAAAUAAUUUAUAAUUUGUACAAGAAUGAAUCGAAAUAAUUUACACCAUCACAUAAGUUUUAAGUUAAUUUUCCAUGCGUUUGUCCAAAUUGAAAUCUAUUAGGGGUCAACUGCAAAACCCGCACAGAGGCAGGCCACCACUUAGUCACAUAAGUCUGUAAAUAUUUAACGCUUUAAACCAAUAUUUAUUAAUAAAACACAAUUCAAUCAGCCGAAAUUGUACAAAAAGAUCAACUUUCUUCAUCUGCUACCAUUGUUUCAACAAGUGAAACGCGCUGCCAGUGGAAUUGCCGCAUAAAUCUAGUGGCAAACGGCCUCAUCUAGGGAAUACGUUUGAAAAAUUAAAUGUGAUAAACCGGGACAAUAAUGGAAAUGCAAAAA